GUCUUUAAUUCAAGAUCGUUAAUCAUUUAGUUAUUCUCAUAUUAAAGUAUACCACCCUCACAUAAGGUUUAUUGAGAACACUUUAGUUUGGAGAGUAGAACCAUGGAAGAGAAAAAUAACACAUCUGGAACUUCUCUUCUAGUACCAUCAGUUCAGGAGUUGGCUAAGGGAAAUAUUUCAACAGUUCCAACAAGAUAUAUUCAGUCUCAACAUGAAGAAUUGAUCAUCAAUGAAGAUGAUCAUAGUAACCUUGAAAUUCCAAUUAUUGAUAUGAAGAAAUUGCUUUCUUCAGAAUAUGGGAGUUCAGAAUUGUCUAAGCUUCAUCUUGCCUGUAAAGAUUGGGGAUUUUUCCAGGUGGUAAAUCAUGGGGUUAGUUCUUCCUUAGUGGAGAAAGUAAAGUUGGAGACUCAAGAUUUCUUUAAUCUUCCAAUGUCAGAGAAGAAAAAGUUUUGGCAAACUCCACAACAUAUGGAGGGAUUUGGGCAAGCAUUUGUUAUGAGUGAUGAACAAAAGCUUGAUUGGGCUGAUAUUUUCUUUAUGAGCACACUUCCCAAACACUCUAGAAUGUCUCACUUAUUUCCAAAACUUCCUCUUCCAAUCAGAGAUACAUUUGAACUUUACUCAAUGGAACUACAAAAGUUAUCAAUGAUCAUUGUUGAAUAUAUGGGAAAAGCAUUGAAAAUGGAUGAAAAUGAAAUGAGGAUGUUAUUUGAAGAUGGGGUACAAUCAAUGAGGAUGAACUAUUACCCUCCUUGUCCUCAACCUGAAAAGGUUAUUGGUCUCACAAAGCAUUCAGAUCCUGUGGGUGUCACUAUCCUUCUACAACUUAAUGAAGUUGAAGGGCUCCAAAUAAAGAAAAAUUGCAUGUGGCUCCCUAUUAAGCCCCUACCUAAUGCCUUCAUUGUCAAUAUUGGUGACAUGCUAGAGAUUAUAACAAAUGGGAUAUAUCGAAGUAUUGAGCACCGAGCAAUAGUGAACUCGGAAAAGGAAAGACUUUCGAUUGCUACGUUCUACAGCAUAAAUCAAGAGAGUAUUUUAGGUCCUAUGGAGAGCUUAAUUACUGAACAAUCACCAGCUCGGUUCAAAAAAAUUGGCGUGAAGGAGUACUUCAAGAAUUUCUUCGCUCGUAAACUUGAAGGAAAGUCUUACAUCGAUGUCAUGAGAAUAGAGCAUGAUGAUUGAAUUUGAUAAAUUAUUGUGGGGAGUAAAUUUGCAGAAAUUAUUAUAUAUUAAGAAAUACUUCUUUAUAACAUUAAAAGUUUUAUUUGUAUCUUCACUGUCUUUGUCGAUAAUCAGAAUCUUUAAAUCUUCUCUAACACUACUAGAAAAACACAAUUUAGUGACGGAAAUUUGUGGAGAAA